AUGCCCGUGGGAUUUGGUGUCUUUGAAACCUGUAGUGGGAGAACGUCGAGUUUGUUGGCGCCGAUCAUGCUUCUCUCUGGACACGGCGGGGAAAUCUUCAGUGGGAAAUUUCACCCGGAUGGCGAAUUCCUGGUAUCUGCAGGCAUGGACCGAGACAUUCUCAUCUGGAAAGUUUACGGGGAGUGCGAAAAUAUCCACGUCAUGAGCGGGCAUUCCGGGGCUGUCUUGGAUUUGCAAUUGUCGACUGACGGGGAACGCGUGUACACGGCGUCGACUGACAAGACCGUCGGGAUCUGGGACCUCGUCGAAGGAAGAAGAGUGAAGCGGAUCAAGGCCCACGGGGGUUUCGUCAAUUCUGUCUGUGCGGCGCGACGGGGGCCGCCACUGCUCGUCACUGGCUCUGACGACGGCACUGUCAAGGUGUGGGACACGCGUCGUCGUGGAGAACUGCACACGCUUCCCGGCGCCGGCUUCCCGAUCACGUCCGUCUCGUUCACCGACACGGCGGAAUCCGUCCUCACUGGCGGCACGGACAACGAAAUCCGGUGUUGGGACUUGCGGCGCCUCGCGACCCCGUCCCUCCAACUCCGCGGACACACGGACACGGUGACGUCGCUGUGCCUGAGCCCGGCGAAAUGCAGCGGCGCCCACGUGGCGUCCAACGCCAUGGACAACACGAUCCGGGUCUGGGAUGUGCGGCCGUAUUUCAAGGGCGACGGCACGCGAUGCACGACGGCGUUGACUGGGCAUCAGCACAAUUUUGAGCAGAAUUUGAUCAAGGUGGCGUGGUCGCCGGAUGGGCGGCGGGUCGCCAGUGGGUCCGCCGACCGGUGCGUGCAUAUUUGGGACGUGACGAGCGGACGCCUCAUUUAUCGCCUGCCUGGGCACAAUGGGAUCAUGUCGGUUGGCAGCGACAAGCAAAUCUACCUCGGUGAGAUUGAGUCUUGAUGGAUGCUGGAAAUGCCGUUUUUUUACAUAUGCUGCGAUCACGUUUCUCGGAUCUUCGUCAUGUUCGUUUUUUUUUUUUUGGUCUUGAAAAUGACUUGAAUUGAAAAAUGUGUUCGAAAUCGUCGGGUUUUCUUGGAUGAAUUCAUGUGAGAGAGAA